AUGCCCACGCUUUACAAAAUAUACGCAGCAGUGCUAACAGAAAGGUUGAGAAAAGAAGUAGAAGAAAAGGGAUUACUGCCUCCAAAUCAGACAGGAUUCAGAAGAGAGAUGGGAACAAUCGACAACAUAUACACGUUAAACUUCCUGGUGAACAGGCAAAUAAAGAAGGCAAAAGGAAAAGUGAUAGCCUUUUUCAUAGACCUGAGAGCAGCAUUUGACUCGGUAGACAGAGGUGUACUGAUGGAAGCACUAAGAGAAAGGGGUGUAAGAGAGGGGCUGAGGAAAAGGGUAAAGGAGUUAUUGAGGGAGACUAGAAGCAGGGUAAGGACAGACAAAGGGGUGACUGAACCAUUCUGGACAGCGAGAGGCGUAAGGCAGGGAUGUCCACUGAACCCGCUGUUGUACAAUUUACUGACAGCAGACAUGGAAGAGAAGAUGAGUAAGGGAGGGGGAGGAGGGAUAAAGAUUGGAGAAAAGAAAAUAUAUACACUGGCCUAUGCGGAUGAUGUGGUGUUGCUGGCGGAAGAAGAAGGGGAGAUGAGGGCGAUGAUGGAAAGUCUAGAAAGGUACCUGGAUGAGAAAAGACUAGAGCUGAACCAGGAAAAAUCAAAAAUAAUGAGAUUUAGGAAAGAGGCGGGGAGAUGGAGAAAGGCGAACUGGUGGUGGAAAGGAAAGAAAAUAGAGGAGGUAGGACAGUUCAAAUAUCUAGGAUAUGUGUUCAAAAGAAACGGAGGAAGCGAGGCACAAAUAAAAGAUAGGAUGAUAAAGGCGGGGGUAGUGAUGAGACAAGUGUGGGGAAUUGGGAAAAGAAAAUUCGGCAAAAACUGGAAAAGAAGAAUUUGGCUAUGGGAUAAGCUAGUGUGGACGGUUAUAGCGUACGGAGCAGAGGUUUGGGGUUGGAAGGAGUGGAAGGAAAUAGAGGGGCUUCAGGAGAGGUACACGAGAUGGACGCUCGGGGUGGAUUGGCGCACCCCAGGAUACUUGCUAAGAGAGGAACUGAAAAGGUGGAAAAUGAGAACAAGAUCAGGAAAGUUGGCAUGGGGAUUCGAAAGAAAAUUAUGGGAAGGAAUAGGAGGAGAGCUGGCCAGGAGUUGUUGGGAGCAACUAAUUAGAGACGAAGGAAGAGGGGGAGAGAAAAACAAGUGGGAAGAAGAAAGAGAAAAGUUCUUUCAGGAGAGGGGGAUAGAAAUGAGAGAGAUAGAAAACAAAAGACGAAGUUGGGAGAUGGAAUAUAAGGAAAUCGAGGAGAAGGAUAGGCAGAUACAGGAGGAAGAAAGAUGGGAAAGAAUAAUGGAAUCAAGAUAUAAUAAAUGGUACAAAAUGAUAAAGGAGCCAGGAAUUCCGAGAUACUUAGAAAAAGGAUGGAGAGAGGAAAGAUGGAGAAGAAUGGCUAGAUUCAGGCUAGGAAACGAAAUUAAGGAAUCAGAAUAUUGGGAAAAAGAAGACAAGAGGAAAUGUAGAGUAUGCGGGUGGGAAGAGGAAACGUGGGAACACAUAUGGGAAAGGUGCGCUGGAGGGAAAACGAGAAAAGAGGGAUGGCAAGAGAAGGUGAAAGAACUGAUGGGAGGAGGGAGUGAGGGAGAGGAGUGGAUGAAAGAAGUAGAGGAGUACAGGAAGGGGACGAGGGAGGAGGGAGAGGCGGGAAAGUGA